AUGGAGAAUCCAAGCCGUUUGAUUGAGCCCUUGGAGAAAAGCGAUGUUAUCGCUGACAAAAUUGGAGAACUUAUACGAGAUGCGCAGGCUACAUCCGAUAUCAAACUAAAGUUGGAAUGUUUGAAUAAUGCUCAAGAUAUGUUACUAAGCGCAGAUAGCUCCGGUCACUUGCUUGAUAAUUUUCUGGAUGAAAUGCUCGAAUUCACCUCUUCAGAAGAUUUUCACAUGCGCUGUUUUUCUGCUAAUUUCAUAGAGAAGGCAUGCAAAAAAGAUGCAGAUGUUCUUAAAAAAGCGAUUACUCACUUAUCGUAUUUGUUAAUGUCGGAUAGUCAGACUCGUGGAGGAGUUAUGGUUAUGAAACGGGUGAGUAAAUUUGCUAUCUGA